AUGUUAACCAUCGCGAUUUUGGUUCUGUGUCUUAUAUGUGCUUCACAAAAUGGUGUUCUAGGAUCAGAACGUUGUCGUCGAGCGACAUCAACAUGCAUUCUGACGCCUGAAACAACGGAAGGUCCUUAUUCAUGGAAUACAACUUUGAUGCGUCAAAAUAUUUCAGAAGAUCGUCUAGGAAUUCCAUUUCGACUCUAUGCAACAGUCACAAACAUCAACACAUGUGAACCUAUUGUAAAUGCAGCUAUCGAAAUUUGGCAUUGCGAUGCGCUCGGUAUUUAUUCUCAUUUUAUCCAAGCAAGCAGUAAUACACAAAAUCCAAAGAGUGACAAUUCGACAUAUCUCAGAGGUAUGCAAUUAACCAAUGCGAGUGGUGUUGCUACGUUUGAUACUAUCUAUCCCGGCUGGUACACCGGCCGAGCCACACAUAUUCAUGUUCGUGUUCAUCUCAAUGGAGUAUAUGUCACAUCUACUGGAUACUAUUCCGAUGGAAGUCUUGUGAAAACUGGUCAGUUAUUUUUUAAUGAUUCACUAACAGAUUUAGUUGCACAACAAUCACCCUAUUCAAAUCAUACAAUUACACGUACAUUAAAUAGUGUUGAUACAAUUUAUCAAAGUAGUUCGAUUACUUUAAUGAACAUUCAAUAUGUGAAUUCAACAAGUGGGAUAUCCAGUGGUUUCAUCACAUCAGUUACACUUGGUGUGUCAGGAUCAUCAAAUGUUUCCGCAUCAACAACAACAACAACAACAACAGCAAGUACAUCAUCAACUGUCGUUUCGUCAUCGGCAACAAAGAUAUCCGUUACAACAAUAUCGCUUCACUGCGCAUAUCUAUAUUUACAGAUAUUGCCUAUUUUCUAUGUUGUAUUUUCUGCGUUUCUUUCACGUUAA